UAAUCCGUCGCCGCGUCUGCCGCGUACCAGUGCCAGCCAACUGUCGGCACAGAACAACAACAGUACCGGAGUGCGCAAUUUGGCUGCGAAGAACCUGACCGCCCAGCAGGGUCGUGGGAACUACAGAUCAAGGGAACAGCAACUGCUGAAUGUAUUCGAAGUGGUUGUUUCGACGCUGGAGGGUAAACUGCAGCGGAUAGACAAUCUUGAUAAAGCGGUGGAGCAUCUGAUGCGACGGGUAGAAUCACUCGACAGCAAGAUGGCAGACAAUAUUCACAAAACCGACGCAGUUAUUUCGAAGCUGCGCACCCUAGAUAGUAAGCUGUCAAACGAAGGUGACAGGGCGAAUAGUGUAAGAACAGCUAAAUCCACCAACAGCUUGGACAGCAGAUUAGUAUCACUCGACCAAAAAGUUAGUGACAUUGAUAACAAAUUGAACGGGCUCAAGAACCAGAUCGAUAGCAACUUCCUGCCCGUUGAUGAUAUCAAUGCAGAAGCCAGUGAGAGAAAAACCGUUAGUAUGAAUGUGGCGGAAAUCACAAAAGCAAUGCAUUCCGAAGUUAUGGGACACAUCACGAAGGAGCUGGGCCAGCUCCGUUCCAUUUCCGAAGGAAUCGACAAAAAACUUCAAUUCCACAUCAACAUAGUUUCAGAAAGUCUUGGCAAGACGCUGAAUCUGUUGAAUGAAGUCCACGAUGCCGUCGUGGAUCAUAACAUAAACUUCAGUUAUAAUUCAACCUCAACGCUGCCACCGUACGUUAAAGCCAGCAAAAUCGAUAUUCUGGUGAAACAGAUCCGGCCGAUUAUGUCGGUUUCGGAGAAGAUGGAUGAAGUGUGGGAUGUUGUCGUGGGAACCAAAAGCUCCGUCGAUGAUCUGGUACCAAAAUCCGACGCUUUGUUAACCCAAAACCAACGACAGGAGCGAGCUAUUGGCGAGAUCCAUCAUGAUCUGAAAACAAAAACCAAUCUGAUCAUUAACAACCUCGAUAUGGUGGAAAAGCGACUGAAGAAACAGGAGGACGACGUGGCGGUACUUGCCCAACGGCCCGUCCCAGCGGAGUUGCUAAUGGAUCCGACGAUUGAUAGGCUUGUGGAAUAUGAUCCAAACAGAUAUUCAAUCGUUGAUGACUUCACGGAAGCGCUGCCGACGACAACUUACCCCACCGUUUCUUCCUCCACGUCGACACCCAGCUCGAGCAGUAGCAGUACCACGGCGAGCAAUGCCAACUUCAACGGCAACACAUCGACAUCACCUACCGGAACUGCCACCCAAAUAGUUCAACCUGGAGGUAAAAAUGUCUCCCGCAAAGGUGGUAUUAUCUUCCCCAGUGUGAAGAACAAGCCGUCCGUGCUGAACAGCACCUUUGCCAGUGAAAAUCUUCUCUUCAAAGACAUUAAAGGAUUCUCCUGUACGGACCUGAUGAAUGCCGGCAUGCGCCAGUCUGGCGUGUACUAUCUGCAAAUCCGAGGCACCACCUACUGGUUCCUGAAGGUGUUCUGCGAGCAGGAGAUCGCCGACGGCGGAUGGACCGUCAUUCAACGACGCGACGACUUUGGCGAACCGCGGGAAAACUUCAACCGCGAUUGGGCAGACUACAAGAAUGGAUUCGGCGAUCCAGCGAAGGAAUUCUGGCUCGGUAACGAAAACAUCUACAUGCUGACGAACAACGAGGACUACUCGCUCCGGGUCGAACUGGAAGAUUUCGAAGGAAACAAGAGGUACGCACAAUAUUCCCAUUUCAAGAUCCACUCCGAGCAGGACUAUUACAAGCUGGAAAUCGAUGGAUACGAAGGAAACGCCGGUGACUCGUUGAACGAUCCCUGGUACGGAUCGAACAAUAGUCCGUUCUCGACGUACAACCGCGACAACGACCGAAGCUCACUGAACUGUGCCAGCAUGCUCAAGGGCGGCUGGUGGUGGAAGUCAUGUGGACGAGGGCUAAACGGUCUGUAUCUGCACGAUCCGCAAGACCUAACCGCCCGGCAGGGCAUUGUCUGGUUCCGCUGGAGGGGCUGGGACUACACGCUCAAGAAGGCCACCAUGAUGAUCAAACCACGCGGACCGCAGCCCCAACCACAGGUUACAAGUGCGACGACGACGUAA